GAUUCAACAUUACAACGUCCAAUAUGGCCGACAACAGUAGCCCGACUGUCUACAUAGCCGUAAAUGUGGAAAACAAACAAAAACAAAAUACCGAAACUGAAACUGAAACUCAAAAACAUACAGUACAGGAUUCAAAAUGGAAAGAUGAUAAAAAAAGCAAAUUCCGGAUUUCGGACGCGGGAGAACUUGACUAUUUAAUUCCUCUGACAAAUUAUUCUAAAAAAACUAUUAGCAUUAAGGCCAUCAAGGAGCAAACCAAAUUAUCAAACGAAAUGAAUAAAGAAGACUUGCGAAUUCUGAAAGCUCUGAAAUCCUUGUUUGAAACCUGCGAUACAAGAAUUAUUGUUAAUAAGUUGAUACGCGCCACAAAGGAGUUAUAUUCACCUGAACUUAAAGUUAUAAUGGGUAAUGAAUAUCUUUCAUUUCAAAAUCUAAACCGGAAAGAGAAAAUUAAUCACCUCGGUGAACGCUUAAAUCGAUUUUACAAAAUGGAAAUAAGACUAAUCAAAGAAGCAGACAACCACAAAAAAGAAGAGGAACAAAGAAAGCGAAAGGAAGAAGAAGAAGCCAAGGAGGAGGCAGAGUUGAAAAAGGAACUUGAGGCAAAAAUUAGAUCCUUGUUACAAGAUAUUGGACUUACCGAAGAUGAGAAAACAACAGACGAUUCAAAUUCGUCCGCGAUUUCCGUUCUGACAUCUGCCGCAGAUCAAGCGAAAUUCCAAAAUAUGUUAUCAUUCUGGAAAGACGUUGAUUCAAAUCAAAUCAAGGUACAAAUUCUAGAGGCAAUGAGGGAUUCAAACUUAUCUACAGAUUCCGAUAAAGUAGAUGUCAUUGGAGGAGGGGACCUUUGUGUCAUUGGAGGAGGAGACCCUUGCGUCAUUGGAGGAGGAGAUCCAUGCGUCAAUGGAGGAGACCCAUGCAAUGCCUUCAGUCAACCUCGCUUUCAGAAACAAAUUAUCACAUGGAAAUGGAACAACCAAAGAUCAAUGUUCCUUUUUAUGUUGAUUAUCGUAGCUAUAGUGGGAUUUUGUUACCUAGCAUUUUCUGUUUGGUGGACUCCGACCGAUGUACAGGCUGGUUGUUUUUUCUGUGACAGCCUAUCGCGAUACAUUUUCAACAAAGCAGUAGAGAUUAUAAUUUGAAAAGCAAGAAUAUAUGCAAAAUAAUGAAAAAAUUGCAAAUUAAAUUAAAGCAUGUAUAGAUACAAAAUUAUGAAAAAAAUGCAAAAUAAAUUAAAGCAUGUAUAGAUACAAAAUAAUGAAAAAAAUGCAAAAUAAAUUAAAGCAUGUAUAAAUACAAAUUAACGAAAAUAAUUGCAAAAUAAAUUAUGUCUUCCAUCAA